AAAUCCAAAACAGCAAUUGCUCUUGGCAUUGUUACUGUUGCCUUCGUGAUGGUAGUGCUAGCGGUGGUCAUAUCCCUCUUAGUCCUCUAUGUUCAGCCAAGUGAUGCUGUUCCUGAAUUCUCUAAAGGUUCUGAGGGUUACUUAAUCGGUGUUGGUCGGGCGGAUUGUACUGGUCCUAUAGCUGAAGUACCUUUGCUGGGGUAUGCCAAUCCUGAUCAGAAAGGUGGUGGCAUCCUCUCACGACAAUAUUGUAGAACUUUCAUCCUUGCAGAGCGACAGAAUCCCACCAAACGAGUAGUGCACAUAGUUGCUGAAAUAGGAAUGAUGUCUGAAAGAGUAAGGCUAGAGGUACUGAAGCAGUUAAAAUAUAAGUACGGAGAUCUCUACAAUCAGAACAAUGUCAUAAUGACUGGAACCCAUACCCAUUCAGGACCUGGAGGCUUUGCCCAAUACACCCUCCUCAUGAUAUCAUCUGGAGGUCUUAUAAGGCCAACACUGAAUGCCAUUGUCAAUGGGAUCGUUAAUAGUAUUGACAUGGCCCAUCAGAAUAUGGUGCAAGGACACAUUUUUAUCGGUACAGGUUUGGUAGAGAACAGUCAGAUCAACCGAAGUCCUCUUUCUUACCUUCAGAAUCCAGUUUCUGAAAGACGCCGGUAUUCAUCAAACGUAGACAAAGAAAUGACGGUGCUGAAAAUGGUUGCAGAUAAUGGCCAAGAGAUUGGAAUGUUUAGCUGGUUUGCUGUUCAUCCUGUCAGUAUGAAUAACACCAACGUUUUAGUUAAUAGUGACAAUAUUGGCUAUGCAGCUUAUCUCUUUGAACAAGAGAAGAAUAAAGGAUAUCUUCCAGGAAAGGGUCCCUUUGUAGCAGCUUUUACAUCGUCUAACUUGGGUGAUGUGUCUCCGAAUACAAAGGGCCCACACUGCAUCAACACUGGAGAGCCAUGUGAAAACAUGGGGAAUUACUGCCUUAUAGGUGGGGCUAAGUUCUGCAUUGCUACAGGUCCUGGGAAAGACAUGUUUCAGAGCACACAAAUAAUUGGGACACACGUCUACUCAAAAGCAAAGGAAAUAUAUAUGAAGGCCUCAAAAGAGCUUGAUGGGCCCAUCAGUUCAGUUCAUCAAUGGGUGGACAUGAGUAACAUCACUGUUCAACUUAACUCUACACACACGGGUAAAACAUGUAAACCAGCCUUGGGAUACAGCUUUGCUGCAGGUACCAUAGAUGGACCAGGAAUGUUCAAUUUUACUCAAGGCACCACUGAAGGCCAUCCAUUCUGGGAUUUUAUCCGUGAUGCUUUCCUUGUUCAACCAUCCAAUGAAUCGAUAGAAUGCCACAAACCUAAGCCUAUUCUACUUCCUGUAGGAGAGUCUCCUCAUGAGAAUCAACUGUAUGGAGCAGAGCAUGGGUGA